GACACCUCGUCAGGGACAUUUUCAGGGAGACGACCAUGAGUUCGCUGCAGCAGGUGAAUCCCAGGGUGAGAGGGAUGAGGACGUCCCCGCACGCCGCUCUGCAGAGUCUGGCUGCUCGCAUCACACAGGAGAUCACACAGGAGAUCACACAGGAGAUCACACAGGAGAUCACACAGGGGGCGCAGAGAUCCUUCAAAGAGGUGAUUGACUUGACCUCAGGUGACCCCCAGCGAGCAGGAAUGAAAUCCAUCUCCUUUGUUCGACAGGUGUUGGCAGCGUGUCUCUGUCCUCACCUGCUGAAAGACACAAGUCUUCCUCUGGACGUGAGGCUGAGAGCUCAGAGUCUCCUGGACUCCUGCGACGGAGGAAGUGUGGGCGCCUACACUCCCUCCGCUGGGUUAGCUCGGGUCCGACAGAGCAUCGCUGAGUUCCUCACCCGACGAGACGCCGGAGCUCCAUCGUACAGCAGAGACGUCUACAUCUCUGCUGGUUCCCAGGUGGCACUGAUGCUGCUGGUGAAGCUGCUGGCCAGCGGGGAGGGGGAGACUCCGACGGGCGUGUUGACCCCGGUGCCCUCCCCCCACACCCUGCCCGGGCUGCUGGACGAGGAGGGGGUGACCCUGGUGCCGUACCGGCUGACGGAGGAGCGAGGCUGGGCCCUGGAGCUGAGCGAGCUGCACCGGGCGCUGAAGGCCUCUAGAGGGCACUGCAACCCGAGGGCCAUUUACGUCAGUAACCCGGGAAUCCCGACAGGUCACGUCCAGGACAGGAAGUCCAUAGAGGAAGUGAUUCGAUUCGCUGCGGCCGAGAGACUCGUGCUGUUGGUGGAUGAGGUUUACCAGGACAGUGUGUUCGGCUCAGAGUUCGUCUCCUAUAAGAGAGUCCUGUUCCAGAUGGACAAAGUUUACUCUGAGUCCGUGGAGCUGGUUUCAUUUCACUCUUUAUCCAGCGGCCGAAUGGGAGAAGGAGGCCUGAGGGCAGGAUUCAUGGAGGCCGUCAACAUGGACCCGGAGGUGAUGCGCUACGUCCACGUCAUGCUGUGCUUCGACAUCAGCGCUCCGGUCACAGGGCAGCUGGCUCUGGACCUCAUGGUCGACCCCCCCAAACCUGGAGACGCCUCCUAUGACACGUACACACAGGAGAUCCUCAGCGCUCGGGCCACUUUGUCCCAUAAUGCUCAGCGGGCCUGGCAGAUCCUGAACGGCCUCCCGGGGAUGAGCUGUCAGCCGGCGAUGGGCGGAGUCUACCUUUAUCCCAGCGUGCGUUUACCAGCCGGGAUUCUAGAGCAGGCCGAGGUACGAGUGUGA